AUGGAAAGGAUGGUCUCCGCUUUAAGCCCAGCCGUUCCAACAACACCCGUUGCCACGGCCGAAUUCGUCACGAAUUCUCUAUCCACACGCUUACCUGAGUUCAUGUACGAUCCGGACAAUGGUUGCGCAUUCGAGGUCUGGUACAUCCGCUACAAGGACGGUCUAAAAGGACGGUGUAACCUUGGACGAUGCAGCGAAAGCUCGACUAAUCAUAUCAAAACUUGA